AUUGGUUAUUCUUUGUAGUUUACUAGUAACUUUCUAAAACAGUGUUGACUACGAAGAAAUGUCUGUACGAUACGGAGCCGUCAAGUUACAGGUUCCAACAGGUUUCAAGCAGUUGUUGGAAAACCUGUCUCGGGAAAUUUUACGAGAGCAGCCGAAAAAUAUUCCAAGUUUUGCCGCAGCUUAUUUCAAUCGUCUACUGGAGCGGCGCGAACAGGGAUUUGCCGAUGGAUAUCUUGUAUCGGAACGAAUCGUGGAGUCGGAGUCAGCACCCGUGGAGGAAGAGGUUUUAGCUCCGAUAGAAGUCGCAGCUGAAGAAGCAGCAACUUUAAGCCAACCGACGGUCGAAGAGAGUAUGCCAGAUCUUACUGAUCCAGAAGUUGAAAAGGCAGCUACCUUGAUACAAGCAAGUUUUAGAGGUUUUACAGCUCGAAAGUCUGCAACCCAUGUAAAUAAGACCCCGGUAAAGAAGCUGCAGAAGCAAUCUGACGAACCUCACUCAUCCCAUCAAAAUCAACCUAAAACAGAAACCACCGACUUCGCCAAAGACGCGUUGGUUGAUGCUCUCAUUGAAGCGGGACAGGAGAAUGAUAUCCAAGAUAGGCCUUCCUCUUCCACAAGCGCCCAAACUGAACCUUCAAUCCAACCAGUACAAGAGGAAACGGUCGAGGCGACUCCUCUAGUUAAAGCAUCUGUACUAUCGGACACAACGAAUGUUGAAGCUGUCGAAACAAAAAGCGAAAAGGUUACCGAGGAGUCUGCAGCCGAGGUCGCAGCUCCCCCCGCGGAAGAAUCUCCUGUUUCAGUUGAAACCGUUGCAGCACAAGAAGAACAGCCAGCAGAAUCGUUACCCGCACCGGCUGCUGAAGAGCAAGCGGAACCUAUUGUGGAGGAUAUGCCUGGGGAAGGGGUGAAGGACACGCCCAAAGGAAGCGCAGAUCCAGCUUCCAUGCUAUCCACACAGAUUGUAUCACGAGCGGAAACAUCAGUGAAUUAUGGGUCAAGUUCUAGUAGUUUUGGUAGCAGCACAGCUUCAUCUUCCACUAUCGAAAACGCUUCUUUGCCUAACGUGAAUAUACAAGCUUCAGUUGAGAAUACUGUAGAAGCAGAGACGCAAUCAGCCGCUGUUGAAGCAUCUGCAGAACCCACAGAAACUGUUGUGGAGAAGGCGGCUGCAAAACAGACAGAGUCGGUUGUAGAAGAAACAGUUGUCGAGCAGACGGAAUCCGUUGUAGAAGAAGCAGCUGUAGAACAGACAGAGUCCGUUGUAGAAGAAGCAGCGGUAGAACAGACGGCGUCAGUUGGAGAAGAAGCAGCUGUAGAACAGACAGAAUCCGUUGUAGAAGAAGCAGCUGCAGAACAGACGGCGUCCGUUGUAGAAGAAUCAGCUGUAGAACAAACAGAAUCCGUUGUAGAAGAAGCGGCCACAGAACAGACGGAAUCCGUUGUAGAACAGACAGAAUCCGUUUUAGAAGAGGCAGCUGUAAAACAGACCGAAUCCGUUGCAGAAGAAGUAGCUGCAGAACAGCCGGAGUCCGUUGUAGAAGAAGCAGCUGUAGAACAAACAGAAUCCGUUGUAGAAGAAGCGUCCCCACAACAGACGGAAUCCGUUGUAGAAGAAGUAGCAGCAGAACAGACAAAGUCCGUUGUAGAAGAUGCAGCUGUAGAACAGACAGAAUUAGUUGUAGAAGAUGCAGCUGUAGAACAGCCGGAGUCCGUUGUAGAAGAAGCAGCUGUAGAACAGACGGCGUCCGUUGUAGAAGAAGCGUCCGCAGAACAGACGGAAUCCGUUGUAGAAGAGGCAGCUGUCGAACAGCCAGAGUCGGUUGUAGAAGAGGCAGCUGUCGAACAGCCGGAGUCGGUUGUAGAAGAGGCAGCUGUCGAACAGCCGGAGUCGGUUGUAGAAGAGGCAGCUGUCGAACAGCCGAAGUCGGUUGUAGAAGAGGCAGCUGUAGCACAGUCGGAGUCAGUUGUAGAAGAAGCAGCGAUGGAACAGACGGCGUCCGUUGUAGAACAAACAGAAUCCGUUGUAGAAGAAUCAGCUGUAGAACAAACAGAAUCCGUUGUAGAAGAAUCCGCUGUAGAACAGACAGAGUCCGCUGUAGAACAAACAGAAUCCGUUGUAGAAGAAUCAGCUGUAGAACAAACAGAAUCCGUUGUAGAAGAAUCAGCUGUAGCACAAACAGAAUCCGUUGUAGAAGAAGCAGCUGUAGAACAAACAGAAUCCGUUGUAGAAGAAGCAGCUGCAGAACAGACGGCGUCCGUUGUAGAAGAAUCAGCUAUAGAACAGACGGAGUCCGCUGUAGAACAAACAGAAUCCGUUGUAGAAGAAUCAGCUGUAGAACAGACGGAGUCCGUUGUAGAAGAAGCAGUUGUAGAACAGACAAACUCCGAUGGGGCAGAAUCGACCACCGAGCCUUCGUGUGAGCCAGGUCCGACUGAAACAGAAGAAAACAAUUUAAUUACGGUCGAAAUCGGCAGUGACGAACCAGUAGCUACAAGUCAGAGCAAGACUAUAGACAAGCAAAUUGAAGUUUUAGCAUCUCAGGAAGAUUCUGUUAAAACCGAAAUUCCACCACAAGAUGAGGUUGAAGGGUCGCAACAGACUCCUGCAGCCGAAGUUUCACAGCAAGAACCGCAGGCAGAGGAAACUGUAGAGGCAACAACUGCUUCACAAGAAACAGCAGGAAAGGAAGAAUCUGAACCUGCACAAACUUCUGUUUUAGAUGAAACACAAGUAACCGAAGCAGAGGCCCCAGUGGUUGAAGCAGAAGCCCCAGCCGUGGCAGCGGAGGCCCCAGCCGUGAAAGCAGAGGCCCCAGCCGUGGAAGCAGAGGCCCCAGCCGUGGAAGCAGAGGCCCCAGCCGUGGAAGCAGAGGCCCAAGCCGUGGAAGCAGAGGCACCAGCCAAUGAUUCAGAGGCCCCAGCCGUAGAAGCAGAGGCCCAAGUCGCUGAAGCAGAGGCCCCAGCCGCUGAAGCAGAGGCCCCAGCCGCUGAAGCAGAGGCCCCAGCCGCUGAAGCAGAGGCCCCAGCCGUUGAAGCAGAGGCCCCAGCCGCUGAAGCAGAGGCCCCAGCCGCUGAAGCAGAGGCCCCAGCCGCUGAAGCAGAGGCCCCAGCCGCUGAAGCAGAGGCCCCAGUCAUUGAAUCAGAGGCCCCAGCCACUGAAGCAGAGACCCCAGCUGCCGAAGAAGCCGCCCCGGCCAUUGAACCAGAAGCCCCAGCCACUGAAGAAGCAGCCCCAGCUGCAGAAACAGAGGCUCCAGCCACUGAAGUAGAAACCACUGCUGCAGAAGCAGAGGCACCAGCCGCUGAAACCACAACAGAAGAUAAGCCAGCAAAGGAAGAAACAACAGACUCUGCUGUAGCUGCUGAAACAGAAAAAAUAGAAUCAAAUGAACAAACCGAAACACAAAAUGCUAAACAAGAAGAUGAAGAAAACGGGGCAGCUGAAAAAUAGUUUUAAUUAAAUUAUAUAAUUAAACUGCAUUUCAUAUUUUAUUGGUUGUAUUUUUAACAAUAAUAUAUUGUCAAAUACUGGGCAGAAAUAAUCAUGAAGGAACACAAA